AUGAGGAUGGAUGAUUCUUCAGUCCCCUCCGAUUCAAACCCACCACCACCUGGCCAUCAGACGCCUUCCCCGUUCAAGCCCUUCGAAACGCCCAUAGCGAAUCGGAUAGCCCGAGCUUUCCACUACCUUCGACUCCUCCACCGCUCAGACGCCAACUUCGCCGUCCUCGGCGCCUCCGGCAACGUCUACACCGUCACCCUAUCCACCACCCCUUCCUGUACCUGCCCGGACAGGAUGAUCCCUUGCAAGCACAUCCUCUUCGUCUAUCUACGUGUCCUUGGUGUCUCCCUCAAUGACACGUGUCUCCAAGCUACAACCCUCAGGCCAGGCCAAGUCAGCAACCUACUUGUCUCAACCACCCUCCCUGACUCCUUAGCUGGAGUCCGCGUGCGUGAGAGGUAUCUUCGUCUCAUGAUGUCGCAGUCGACGACAAGUGGCGUUCUCUCACGAGAGGCUGAGGUGGAAGAAGGUGCCACGUGUCCAAUCUGUCUGGAAGAGAUGAAGAGGGAAGAUAGGGUUGUGGCUUGUGGUUCGUGUCGGAAUUCAUUGCACGAAGAAUGCCUUCAGAAAUGGAAGAGGAUCAAAAGGAGGAGUACUGCUACCUGUGUGAUUUGCAGGGAGAGGUGGAGGGACAACAACGGAGAGCAGGAUAGAUAUCUGAACCUGGCGGCGUAUCUUAGCGAUGAUGACGAGGUUGAAGCUCGAUAG